CUUGAUUUAACUGGUAAGUGUAAAGACCAAUAUUAACUGUUAAGUCUUUCCUUUUAGGAUGAUCUCCUCUGUUCAGUAUUAUGAGUGAAAGUGUUUGUACGGAACGUUCCCUAAAGUGAACUAACGGCAGUUACAACAACACUCUUUGUAAAUAUCUACCUGUAUAUCCAUGAAUCAACAUCCAGAUGAAGAUACUUCGUCAAUGCUUGCAGUAUGUGUGAAAGAACCAGGCGGUCCAGAGAAGCUGUGUUUAGGACGAGUCCCGCGACCUGAACCUAAAGAUGGAGAAGUCCUCAUCAAAGUCCAUGCAACAGCUUUAAACCGUGCAGACUUGUUACAGAGAAGAGGUCUUUAUCCAGCUCCUCCUGGAGAGAGUGAGAUCCUUGGCCUGGAGGCUGCUGGGGUAAUUGCUUGCAUUGGUCCUUGGGUCAAGAGGAACUUUAAGCCAGGGGACAAAGUCAUGGCUUUGCUUUCAGGAGGAGGUUAUGCACAAUAUGUUGCUGUGCCUGAGGAACUUCUUAUGCCAGUCCCUUCACAUCUUACCCUUGAUGAAGCUGCAGCAAUCCCAGAGGCCUGGCUGACUGCUUACCAGCUCCUGCACUUAAUAGCUCGAGUUAAGGCAGGAGAGUCAGUGUUAAUUCAUGCCGGAGCAAGUGGAGUCGGCACUGCUGCCAUUCAGCUGGCUCGUCUGAGUUGUGCUGUUCCAGUAGUGACUGCGGGAAGCCCUGAGAAAAUAAAUACUGCAGUGAAACUAGGUGCUGCUGCUGGGUUCAAUUACAAAGAGGGUGAUUUCUCUGAUAAGAUUCUGCAGUUCACAGAAGGCAGGGGAGUUGAUGUCAUCCUGGACUGCAUAGGUGGAUCCUGUUGGGAAAAGAACAUACGCAGCCUGGCUAUGGAUGGAAGAUGGGUGCUUUAUGGUGCAAUGGGAGGAAAGUCAGUGGAAGGGGACUUGCUUGGCAAGCUUUUGUUUAAGCGAGGCCACAUUCUCAGUAGCCUCCUCAGGUCACGAAGUCUACAGUAUAAAGCUGAACUGAUUAGGAGCUUCACUGAACAAGCAUUGCCACACUUCCAGUCAGGAGACCAGCCUAUGUCACUGAGGCCUGUUAUCGACAGUGUGUUCAACUUGGAUGACAUUGCUGAGGCUCACAGACACAUGGAGGCCAAUAAAAAUAUUGGAAAAAUCAUAAUAAAAAUUUUUUGAAACUUGACCAGUGAAAUCAACAUAGACAAA